AUAACAUUCAGACACUUGCUUUUUAAGUUCAUACGGUCUAUAAUCCUUCAAAGCCUCGAAGAACUGACAAAACUGAUCUCUCAUCUUUCUCAGUUUCCUUCGCUCCUAGAACCUUUUUGGCUUUUUGAAAGCUACUGGUCCACAACGUAUAAAAAGAAGCAUUUCAAGGCUCUGGCUAAAGUGGAGUUAUCUUGCCACCAUCGAUUUGUUGGGCCUUUUCUUCUUACUGUAAAUAUUCUCGGCUUUGCACACUUUCCUCUUUUUUUGGCAGGGAAGAGAAAAGAUUGGUAAAUCGCGAUCGCAUCUUCAAAGCUCGUCCCUUUUCCUCUGUCACGCAAGCAAAAAUGCCUUGGGUUUGAUGGAAGCAAGAUGAAAAGCUGGAAAAUAUGCUAAGAUGGGAGGUUUCUUGUGUGACUAAUUGAAGUCACUCCCCACUUUGCUAUCUUGGUCAAAAUCGACUUUUCAUCUUUCCUGUCCGUGCAUUGUUGACUUUGGCCGAGCUGGGCUUCAUUCAGUUGCAAGGAACAACGUGGCUGUUGCUUGUCUGGCAGGACUUCCGGGGUUGUGUUUAGCGUCGGGGGAAAAAAACAAAGCAAAAGUAUAAUUGCCUGGAGCAUAUGAAGGUGACAACUUCUCGUGGUUCUUUGAGGACACACCCUUGUCCCGAAAUGUCUCUGUUUCAAUCCAGGAUCAAGCAGGAACAGCUUAAUGAUGCCCAGACUCCAUUGUCCGUUCUCUCAUUUUCCUCCUCUCCUUUGCCGCUUAGCAGCGGUGGCUACCAAGAGCAAUCAGCACCAUCACCUUCCUCAAGUAAUAAAGUUAGCCCGACAGUUUCGUUCUUUAUAGUCAUCCUUGCUGUUGUCUUCUUCAUAUCUGGUUUUCUCCACUUGCUGAUCAGAUUUCUCACAAAGAAUAGAUACCCUUCACAAAUUCCAGAAUCCUAUAGAGACCCUGAGGUCGCUGGGUCUAAUGCUUUUCAAAGGCAAUUGCAGCAACUGUUCCAUCUCCAUGACUCCGGCCUCGAUCAAGCCUUCAUAAAUGCUCUUCCUGUCUUCCGGUAUAAGGAGAUCAUGGGUCUUAAGGAGCCAUUCGACUGUGCCGUUUGUCUCAGUGAAUUCUCCGAACAAGACGAGUUGAGAUUGCUUCCACUAUGUAGUCAUGCUUUCCACAUCGAUUGUAUAGACACAUGGUUACUUUCCAAUUCUAGUUGUCCUCUCUGCAGAGGGUCGCUCUACGGGCAUGGAAUUGCGAUCGAAAACCCUGUUUUUCAUAUUGAUGUGCCAAGGGAAGAAGAUACGUUGCCUGCUGUUGGAGAGAGUGGGAUUUCUCCUGCUAUGAAGCCAGAAGAAAGUAGAAUCCUUUCUUCAAAGAGGGUAUUUUCGGUCAGACUGGGCAAGCUGAGAAACUCUAUUAACGGUAGAGCUGAACGAAAGGGGGGAGAGGCUAGUACUAGUGGCAGCAAUUUGGACUCGAGGAGGUGUUAUUCGAUGGGUUCGUACCAAUAUGUAGUUUGUGAUAUGGAGUUGCUAGUAGCCUCGUCCCUCAACCAUGGCGACGGCGACGGCCUGGGAAUCACAAAACGGAUCGGUGGACGAGAAGGGAACUCCAAUUCCGAUGGCGACAAUGGCGAGGGGAAGAGGAUUAGCAUCGGGAAUAAAGGCGAAAGCUUUUCUGUUUCCAAGAUCUGGCUUUGGUCUAACAAGACUAGAAUCCCGAGUCCAGAAACUCACAUAGGCAGUGUCCCUCUCGCUUCGGGUUCGCAAUGGAUCGACAGAUCUCAGGUCACAUGAGCAAGGUAUUUACUACUGUGCAUCAUUUUCAUCCACAUCACUACUAGUCGUGUAAAUUGACUCAUGUGCGAAAAACCUUUUCGAGUUAAAUCUUCUUUUUAAGCUCUGCGUGCAGUGCAAAAGUCUCUGAAUGAUGCUGCUUCUCUGUAGAUAUGCUUAUACCAAAAAGAUCUGACUUUACUCUGCUCUUGAGUGAAUUCUCAUGCGUUGCCGGAUCAAGGGACAACCCUUUUUGCUCAAGAAUUUGUGGUUUUCUUGCUUCUGAGCAUGUAGUCCUUUGCCUGUGGUGCCUAUGCUCAUGAUUAUGAGAUAAUCAAACACAGAA